UAAAAGCUUGAUAUCAUCCUCAUCUCCUCUGGAUUCUUAGGAUUUGGGUUUUCAUCAUAAAUAAAAGAAAACCAAGUGAUCAACCCAGAAAAACUCAAAGAGGAAGAAAAAUAAAAUAAAAUGAGGCUUUAUGUGUAUGUACUGGAAGCCAAGGAGUUAUCAACAUUGCAAGGAGGAGCAACAAAUGCAUUUGUGAAGUUACAAGUUGGUAAAUACAAAUCGAAAACAAGAGUUUUGAAGAAAAAUGUGAAUCCAGUAUGGAAUGAAGAGUUUGUGUUUAGGGUGCAUGAUAUGGAGGAUGAACUUGUUGUUUCUGUUUAUGAAUAUAACAAUGAACAAGAUCAUGGGUUUUUUAAUAAUGUUCAUGGUGAGUUAUUGGGCAAGGUUAGGAUUCCACUAUCGUCAGUGAUUAAUGAAGAUAAACAAACUCUGCCUCCUACUUGGUUUUCUUUAGAGAGAGAUGACAAUAGUAAACAACAACAACCUCUUAAUGGCAAGGAUUCUGGUAUGGUUCUUCUCACCCUGUUAUUGCGCGGAGGAGACAACAGUCCUGUUCUUCCCCGUCCUUCACAUUCACGGGAAUAUGUUAGCUCUCCGGAACCAUUUCAUGAUAUUUUAAACACUAAAGCUCUAUCCCGGAAAAUCCCUGAAGGCAAACAUUUGAUGAAGACGCUUGCUAGUCGGUUAGAAAAGAUUUUCCAUAAUCAUAAGCAUGACGAUGGUUUUAAAUCUGAUUCCAGAAAUGAGGAUUAUCCAUCGGAUAUAUCGUGCACAACUUCUGAUUAUGAGGACUGCAUGGAUGAACCUCUUUCUGCCAUGAAUACUUUUGAAGAUAGCAUGGAGUUAAUGGAAUCUAGAAACGAACAGCGGGAUGUGCCAGCAAACUUCAUGGGAAUUCUGCUUGAUCAAACAUAUAUGGUUUCGCCUAAAGAUUUGAACAUGUUUCUCUUCAUGCCCGAUUCACAGUUUCGUAGAGAAUUAGCAGAUCAACAAGGAGCCACAGAUUUACAAGAGAGCUCAUGGGAAUGGAAAUUAGGGGAAACAUCGUGUUUAACCAGAACGGUUACGUAUUUGAAAGCUGCGACAAAGUUAGUUAAGGCGGUCAGAGCAACAGAGGAACAAACCUAUCUGAAAGCCGACGGAAAGGAGUUUGUUGUCUUUGUAAGUGUGAAGACACCCGAUGUUCCAUAUGGUAACUGUUUUAACAUAGAGAUACUUUACCGGAUAGUACCUGGACCAGAGUUGUCUUCAGAAGAAGAAUCUGCCCGUCUUGUAAUAUCCUGGAAUAUUAACUUCCAGCAGAGCACAAUGAUGAGAAGUAUGAUUGAAGGAGGGGCUCGGCAAGGUCUCAAGGAAAGCUUUGAUGAGUUUUCCCACUUGUUGGCUCAGAAAUUUAAACUUCUGAACUCCACUGAAAUAUUGGAUAAGGACCAAGUGUUGGCAACAGUUCAGACUGAGCAACAGUCGGAUUGGCGAAUGGCUAUUGAGUAUUUCUGUAACUUCAACGUCUUUUUCACUAUUUUCAUGGUAUUAUAUGUUGUGUUGCACAUCCUAUUAUCAGGACGUGGCAAAUUUCGAGGAUUGGAAUUUAAUGGGUUGGAUUUACCAGACACCUUUGGGGAGUUGUUCACCGUAGGAAUCUUGGUUCUUCAAGUUGAACAUGUAUAUAAUAUGAUAACACACUUUGUACAGGCUAGAUUGCAAAAAGGAAGUGAUCAUGGAGUCAAAUCCCAAGGUGAUGGAUGGAUGCUCACAGUAGCUUUGAUCGAAGGAAGUGAUAUUGCAUCUGCAGAUUCGAACAGUUUUUCAGACCCCUAUGUAGUUUUCACAUGCAAUGGGAAGACUAGAACAAGCUCGGUCAAGCUUCAAACAUGUGAUCCUCAAUGGAGCGAGGUACUGGAGUUUGAUGCUAUGGAAGAACCACCUUCAGUGUUGGAUGUGGAAGUUUUUGAUUUUGAUGGCCCUUUUGACCAAGCUACCUCACUUGGGCAUGCGGAGAUCAAUUUUCUGAAGCACACAUCUACAGAACUAGCUGACAUUUGGGUAAACCUUGAGGGCAAACUUGCUCAAGCCUCUCAGUCCAAGUUGCACUUGAGGAUCUUUUUAGAUAAUAAUAAUGGAGUUGAAACCAUUAAAGAGUAUCUUACUAAGAUGGAAAAGGAAGUUGGUAAGAAGUUAAAUCUCCGAUCACCUCAAAAGAAUUCAGCAUUCCAGAAAUUGUUUGGUUUGCCAUCAGAAGAAUUUCUUAUCGACGACUUCGCGUGCUCCCUGAAGAGAAAGAUGCCUUUGCAGGGCCGCCUUUUUCUAUCCGCCAGAAUAGUCGGGUUCUAUGCGAAUUUGUUUGGACAUAAGACAAAAUUCUUCUUUCUCUGGGAAGAUAUUGAUGAUGUUCUAGUAGUCCCCCCAUCUCUAGCAUCAGUGGGUAGUCCCUCGCUGGCUAUUAUUCUUAGAGCAGGCCGUGGUCUUGAUGCGAAGCAUGGUGCGAAGUCUCAGGACGAAGAUGGAAGGCUUAGAUUUCACUUCCAAUCAUUUGUGUCUUUCAAUGUGGCCAGCAGAACAAUCACGGCAUUGUGGAGAACAAGAACCUUAACCCCCGAGCAGAAAGGAAAGAUGGUAGAAGAUCAUCAAGAUCAAGAUGGAAAAACUAUUCAGAUUGAAGAUACUGGAUCCUUUUUGGGUGUGGAAGAUGAUGAUGCCAAUAUGUCGAGAGUUUACUCUUCAGAACUUCCGGUAAACAUUACAUUAUUGAUGCAAAUGUUUGACGGGGGUCAGUUGGAAUACAAAGUAAUGUUGAAGUCUGGUUGUGUUAAUUAUGCAACUACAGAAUGGGAAGCUGUAAAGCCAGAUGUUUUUGAAAGACAUUUAUGUUACAAGUUUAAUCGCCAUGUCUCGAUAUUUGGAGGAGAAGUAACUAGCACCCAGCAAAAAUCCCCUACAGAUGACGGUAAAGGGUGGAUUGUGGACGAGGUUAUGACCCUCCAUGACGUCCCGUUCGGCGAUCACUUCCGUGUUCAUUUGAAGUAUCAGAUCGAGAAUGUCCAUGCUGGUUCUUCUGCACCAUGUCAGUGUGACGUUCAUUUGGGGAUAGCAUGGGUGAGAAGUACCAAGUUUCAGCAGAGGAUUACCCGAAACAUAACGGAGAAAUUCUCCAAUAGACUGAAGGAAAUUUUUGAGCUGGUGGAAAGAGAAAUUCUUUUAUCUACCUCUCCCCCACACGAUGUACUUACACUUUGAUUACAACGACAAAGAGAAAAAUUGCAUUUCAUAGACGGUAGGUGAAAGAAAAAUUUCAGUCUAGCAACAUAACAAGGUCCAGCUGUCCUCCUAUAUAUAAGAGACAACUCUGAUCUCUCAUCUGCUGACAUUCAAUAACAACUUAUCUUUUCACAACUUCUUCUGGAAGCCCAUAACACCAUGAAAAUGGAGAACCCAUUUCCUCUCUACCACUGGCUAUUCCUUUUCUGGUUGGCUACUGCUACCAUGAUAUCUCCUUCUCAUGGGGAUUUAGGAAAAUGCAAUCCCAGGGACUACAAAGCACUUAUGGGUAUUAAAAAUUCACUAAACAUCCUCAACACAGAUCUACUUUCAUGGGUUCCGAAUACAGACUGCUGCCACUGGGACGGAAUCAAAUGUGAUAGCAAAACCGUGUAAACGACCUCCACAUCUUUGCAGGUGACACCACCGGACAAAUUUCAUCCACACUAGGUGACCUUCCUUACCUCGAAUCUAUAGUUUUCACUCAAUUUGGAUUUAUAAAUGGUUCAAUCCCGCAAUCUAUCACA